CUUCAGCGGCCUCUGCUCCCGGGGCGGGCCGGAAGGAGCCCGAGCCCCCGCCAUGCAGCACAGCGCGGCGCCCGCCGUGCUGGUCACCACCAGGCAAAUUCAGAAUACACACACUGGGCUGGAUUUAUCAGUGCCGGAAUACCAGGAGGUCCGUGGGAAGAUGAUGUCUGGCCACGUGGAGUACCACAUUGUCGUUGUUACCCGACUGGCUGCCUUCAAGUCAGCAAAGCACAAACCUGAGGAUGUUGUUCAAUUUAUGGUGUCCAAGAAGUACAGCGAGAUAGAGGAGCUCUACCACAGGCUGUCAGCACGGUAUCCACAUGCUUCUCUUCCACUCUUGCCUAGAAAAGUUCUCUUUGUGGGAGAAUCUGACAUCUAUGAACGAAGAGCAAUGUUCAAUGAUAUCAUGAAAUUCAUCUCAAAAGAUGAGGAUCUAGCAACGAGUCCUGAGUUACUGGAAUUUUUAGGAACAAAAUCUACUGGUGUCAUUGACUACAAGGGUAAAAAUGUUCCUGACGACAAAGAGAAAGAAGAUGAAGAAAAUGAUGCGUUGGAUUUUUUUAAAGAGGAGAAGACACCUGACUUGAUUUCAAAGCUUGCAACACUGGAGAAUGCCAAGAAAGAUGAGAAAAAGGAAGAGGAAGAGGAGGAAGAAGAUUUAGACCCUCUUGGUAUAAUCAGAACUAAAAAAGCAAAGAAGGCAUCUGCUCCUCCAGCCAAGGAAGAGAAGCACAAAUUAAUCACUUUCGAAGAGGAAGUAGACCCAAAUGAGGGAUUGUUUGGCCCAGAGAAAGAUUUCUCAUCGCUUGGUCCCAAGAAGAAGAUAAAAGAGAAUGUGAAAUUAUUUGAAGAUCCAGACCUUGGUGGAGUGGUGAGAUUGGGCGACUCACUGCUGCUGCCAGCUGCCUGUGAGAAAAGGGAGCACAUUCCAAACACAGGUCCUGAGGAGGACACUGAGGAACUGCUAAGUGAACAGCAGAAGUCUCAUUGUAUCAGAGGAAGACUUCAGCCAUUCCUUGGUGCUCCUUCAAAUGCCUCCUUAAAAGACGCUGGGAAAAGCCAGAGUUCAGCCCCUGCAAUCCAUGUGGACAGAUCCAACACUGGUGUGAUUUGUGGCAUUAUGCAAUUAAAUGGCAAGGAACGAUUUACUGGAUAUUACUAUUGUUCAUUUGUUCCUGUAGCCAACCUCCUCUUUCCCAUAGAAGCAGCUAGCGAUGGAGAAUCUAAUCAUUUCUGAAGUGUUUCCCUGUCCAUCAGGAUAAAACUGCUGGGUUGAAAGGUUAGAUUAAAAGAGUUAGGAAAUUGCCUCAAUAAGCUGAAACUUCUGUUGAUAUUGAAACCUUUCAGAAAUGUUUCCUGCAUUCUGCCAAUUUUCUCCCUAAUCUGAGUAACACAUCUACUGGGUUUUAAAAGAGAAAUGUCAUGCUGACAGUGAUGGGGUCUCUCCAGAAGCUAAGAGAGCCCGCUGCUUGCUGCUUGCUGACUCUAAUCCAUGGCUUUGUGCAGGGCUGUGCUCCAGGCCAGGCCAGGCCCUAGAGAUUAUUUACCUCUGCCCUCUCCAUCUGGUAGGAAAUUGCUUAUCCUAAAGCCACAUGGAACAGGCUGCUCAGGGAGGUGAUGGAGUCACUGUCCAUGGAGGUUUUCAAGAAACAUGGAGAUGUGUCGCUUAGGGAUGUGGUACAGUGAACAUACUGAUGGUGAAUCAACAGUUGAACCAGAUGAUCUUAAUGGUCUUUUCCAACCUCAAUGAUUCUAUGAUUCUAUGUCCUACAGCCUUCACUUCCUGCUGGUGCAUGGCUACCUUUGGGUAGAGGUAGAAUCCUCCUCACAGAAACAGGGACAGCACACUUGGUCUGCUAGCACACCAGGAGGGUAAAGACAUCAUUACUUUGAUAUAACAUGGGACUGUGAGUUUACUGGAAAUAAUGCUGUGAGCGGGAGCCACCCUGUCCACUCCCCCAUCCUUCACAUCUCAGAUUCAGAGCACAGGGCUGCUGCUGGUAGCACUGGUACUUGCAAAGAGUCUGCACUUCAGUUGUCUUUGCCUAUGAAAUUGUGUGUUGUUCCUAGUGUCUACAGCAAAAUUGCUUUUUUCCCCAUGUAGACUUUUAUACCUUUCAACUGCAGGUUUCACCUGGGCUCAUGGUACUCCUUGUUUAUGGCAAAGAACUCCCUUUUCGUGGCCACAGCCAGUCUGACCCUUUGUCAAAAGUAUUUCUCAGAUCUGAUCUUGGAUUUACUCGUGCAUAACCUCAACAACACCAACAGUAGAAUGGCAAGACUGAUAAAAGCAGGAGAUGCCACUGACACUCCUGUGUGAAAAGACCUCUCCAUGGUCAGAGCCUUGCAUCAUCAGCCUUACAUGUUUGAGCACACAUGUCCCUACCUGAGCAAAUGAAGCCAGAAGACAUCCAGAGCUCUUUCAGCAAAUUUAUUGAAUCGGCUACAGGGCAAGAUGGCUUCUGGAGUGCUAUGGCUUUGGUAGGAAUGCCUCUAGGGUCAAAUGCAGAAGCUUUGGGAUGGGAUACCUGGUGGUGGAUCAGCCGAGGCCCAGGUAGCUGUGCUUAGCUAUGCAGCAGCCAGCAGAGCAGAGGUGAGGCAGAGGAUUGCACUGCUGGCUUCUUGAAUUCCUACUUGCUUGGCUUUAAGCCCCUUUGCAACAGGGUGGGUGUCACUUCUCCUGGCAGACACUCUGUUCUCUCACAGUGGAAAAGGAGGGCAAUGUCAAGCUCAUUUUUCCUUUUAGAAAUACAGUGUGAAAGAGUCCCCCUGCAGAAGACAUUAAAAAUAACCCUGUGAACUGCAAUGACUAAUGUGCUCAUCCAUACAGAGCUGCCUCCCCUUCCAUUGCUGUCUUGUGCAUAUCUGUGGUCCGUGACCUCAGGGGGACUGCAAAGUGAGUGACAGAUUUAUGUUCAUUGGGGAACAUCCGUUGUCAGAGAUAUGCCAGGGUUUUAACUCUUCAUCUCACUAACUUAAAAACUGCUGCAAUCUGGUGGGAAAGUUGUCUGGAUCUAGCAAACCUCCUGCUCACAGGCCAUAGUGACCAUAGUGACCAUAUGAUGGUGUUCAGUCUCACAAAAGAGAGAGGCACUGGUUAAUAAAUGUAAAUAAAGAUUGAUUUGUGUGGGCAAUGUUUUAAACAGAGCUCCAUGUCCUUUUUUUAGACACACUUUCUCCUGUUGGCAUACUUCAGCAGGUCUGGUUGCCCUCUCUUGGGGACUGUCAUUUCAGCAAUGAAAUAUCUUCUAUGCUUCCCUCCCAGGUUGGUGAAAUCUCAGCCUCUGUUGAGGAAAGCCUGACAAUACUGUACAGCUCAAGAGCAGGGUGAGAAGGUGCCUCCUGGUAUGAGAGCAGUGCAAAUCACUCCAGGCUCCUUUCAGCCUUCAUCAAUGCUGUCUAACUCUUCCUGCUAUGGGCAGUGCUACUUCCAAAAUUCUUCUGGCCUGAGACAAGUCCAAAUCUGGUGUUCAUGGACAGGUUUUGGCAUGCAAACCAGCACUAAUAGAUGUGUUGAAAGGCAGAACAUUGAGAAGGUAGGUUUUCGGAUCCACAGUAUUCUUUGGGAGGAAAGAAAAGGUAGGUUAGCAAAUGAUCUGAUCCUAGUCCUUUAAUAUUGACAGGAACAUCCCAUACCUGAUAAUGAACAGUUUUCCGAGUCUGCUAUGGACCCUAUUUUGUGAGAUAGGUAGGGAGUGCUCAGAAGUUCUUUGAAAAGCAUCUUACAAAUCUAAUCAUAGAGAAAUGACUGCAGACAUCCAGAACCAACACCAGCCGGCACAGGAGCGCCAUGCUAUUGUAGGAGCAGUCUGUGCUAUGGGCUGGCUCCCAGACCUGGGGAUGCAGUAGGGGAACUCCCUGGGCUGGGCCUGACACAUGCUAGGACCAGCAAACACCUAUGCAGCAGAGGAGGCAAAGUCAUUGAAUCACAGAACCAUAGAAUUGCUUGGGUUGGAAAGGACCUCAAAAAUCUAGUUCCAGUCUCCUGCCAUGGUCAAUGUUGUCGACAACUAGAUCGAGUUUUAGAUCAGGUUGCCCAGGGCCCCAUCCAGCCUGGCCUUGAACACCUCCAAGUCCUUCUGGUGCCCAGCCACCAAGUGCUGGGACAGCAGCUUUGCUGGGGCAUUUGCUGGAAGUCACAAUGUGUGGUGAGCACACAGCAGUUCUCAUAAAUGCUUUUUUUCCUGAUAUGCUACAUGAGCCUUCUAUGUUGACUCAGUCGCAAGGAAGAUUCUUUCUAAAUAAAAAAAAUUCCUCAGCUAAACAUGACUUUCCAAAGCAUGUUAAUAAAAGAUAAAUGUGCUGACCAUGACAAAAGAUGACUGGCAAGGACACGUGGAACAUAGUAAAACCAUCUAGUGGCACGUGAGCUCUGAAGGAAAGAUCUGUUUCCCAUUACACAGCCCGUUUCCCAUAAAUCUCAGCUUGAAGCAUUUAUUUCAAUGAAUGCCAACCAGGCUUGUAUUUUUUCCGGUCUGGUUUUGAACAACAGAUGACUAACAGGCCUAGCCUGGCUGAUAAGUGUGCAAAGAGCUCAGUGCCGAUGUGUUGCACCGGUGAAAUUGACUUUUAUGGAGUUGCCCCAGAUUUACCCAUGUUAAGAGGCUCCAACACGUGAUUGUAGACUGGCAAGUCAUCACACAGCACCUCGGUAGCAGCAAGUGCCCAAGUGUGAUCCAAACCUUGGCUCAGAGGUUAGCUUUGACAUCAUUUAGCUUGCAGCGAGAGAGGAUACAGCUAUGCCAAAUUGCCUCAUAUCUCCUGAAGGCUGAAAUGGUGAUGCAGUCAUCACACCUCACACUGCACAUGGGAAAAAACAUGCCAGACCUUCUCUCUGGUGGAAUAUGCCUCCCAUUUCAGGGAGCUCUUCAUACCCAUUCCGUUGCUCAUGACUACUGAUAUCCAACACCAAAAGCUGCAUCCAACCCCAGUUGUGAAUAAGGAAUGGGAUGUCCUCCACUGAAAGCCUUGGGCUCUUGCAGAAGCAAAUGGCAGUUCUAGGAGAUGAGACCAAAGCCACAGAUGGUUCUUGUGGGCAGAUGGAAGAAAGCGCUUUCACCUGCUUGUUUGACAUCAGUGAGAAAUCAGUAGCUGCUGAAGGUCUGUGCUGCCCAUGGGCUUAUACCCACAGCAAGGGCUCUAUAAAACCUGCUUCUUGCUAAUUGACCCAGCCCUGAUGGUUUUCAUACAGUGCCUCAUCAUCUGUGAUAGAUGAACUGCACUGGCUGUGUGAUGACCUGCCAGAGACCUUUCACACUGUGCAAACACCCCAUGCUGUUUCAAGAAACAGUCCUUUUUUUUAAAGCUGUAACCAAUA